AUGGCACCGAGAUAUGGAUAUCAGCCUCAUAGCGCGCUUGAAUACACUGCCAAAUUCAUGGACCCGUUCACGGAGGAUUUAGAUCGUGGAGCGCGCAAAUUUAACGGCCCAUAUGUGUCGGAAAAGCUCUUGGUCAAUUCUCAGAAAUUCGAGGCUGUAGACACAGUCACAGAAGCCUACUAUCAUCUGCUUGAGAACUCGCAGAAUUGGCUCUUAGGCAGGCUUGCUGAGCACAUCAAGAGUCAAGAUGUGUUCGCCGCAGAAGCAAGCCGCGUGGAGGUCAUUGAGAUUGACGAACAAGGCAACCGGACUCAACAGCAGCCCACCACAUCUCAUGCGUUUCGGGCACUCCUCGAUCACACCACGACAAGUCACACGCCAGAUGAUUCGAACCACGACUCUGCUGGCAUCAAGCCACCGUCGGACUCAGAUCCUGCGCCUGUACGCAGAAUAGUCAUCAUGGAGGACGUAUCUAGGAGUUACAUGGGCAUACUCGGCAGCAGGCUGAGAAUCCCACCUACUUUCUUCGCUCGCCACCUGCUGGAACAAAGUGUCCUCGAGGACUUCCGGAUAGACGAUUCUAAGGACGACGAGGCCCAGAGCUUUACCCUACCAUUCUUUCGUUUUGCCAAAGCACCAAAAGUCAGCUCAAACCAGCCGCUUGAGGAGAUGUACCGUGUGAAGGCGAAUGCCACCAGAUUAUUUGCAUUCCCUAAACCGCAUGGCACUUUUGAUCUGCGCGGUACUAUCAUUGAAGUCGAGCACUGCUUCUCGUUCUGGUGUCGGACAAGAGCAGACAAUGAUUGGGACGUUGUAAUCCUAGUCGACCCUCCGCUCAAGAACGAAGCCCUGGCCGUGAACACAUCCUCGCGUCUCUCGAUAGGGACUCCACGAAAAUGCUCAUACAUCGCCGAAUAUCCACCCAACCGCGUCCUCCCAUCCGAUACCACUACGUGGCCAACCCUAGAAAAGUCACACGAGCCCGAUGCCUUCUUCGACUUAGUCAGCAACCACUUUCAUCAACCCGACUUCCACACUCCAUCCGACCCCUUCAUGUGCUCACUCCCACUCCGCCAGAUCGCUCUUCAAAGCUGGAAUGACUUCCUCAACCACGCCAUGCACUGCCUGAUACUGACAAAAGGCGAGCCCUACCCAGAUAACGCGCACUUCAGCUCCGCCAUCUCCAUGCUCUGGGCACCCACGGUAGAAGAAUGGCUACUGGGCAGAAUGGUCAAGUGGUCUAGACGUCUACACAUCGAGGCCACGGUGCUGAGCGUCAUUAUGCGGGGGUUCAACAUUGCGCCCCUGUCCACACACUCUGUCGGUGGGGGCCACGACGGCAAUGACCUUGCCACCCGCUCGAAAGUUGGCAGCAAGGAAGCCCGCAUGUGGGCGCUCAUCAGGGAGAAGACACUCGAGUACAAAUCCCUUUACGAUGACAUGGCGUCUUCAUACAUGCAAGUCUGCUCUCUCCGCGAGUCGCUGGCCUCUAACCAGCAGGCACGCGGCGUGAGACGGCUGAGUGCCAUGGGUGCUCUUUUUGUGCCCGUAUCGCUGAGUGCGACGUUGUUGUCGAUGGCGGACCCGUUCACACCGGGGAAAGAUCGGUUCUGGGUGUUCUUUGCGAUAGCGGUGCCGUUCUUAAUCGUGUUUUCGGCGUGGUUGUUCGUCCAGCCGGGGCUGGCGGACGCGGAGGGGAAGGUUGCGGCGAAGAUGUUGGACACGAGGCUGGUGGGUAGUGUCGCUGAUGGUGUCAAGAUGCCAUCGCUGGGGAAGCGAACGUCCAAGGAGGUUUGGACUGGUUGGAGGAAUCGAUUUAGUGUGGAUGCGAGGAGUAUGUCGGUCGGGCAAGCUUAA